AUCCUAACGAAGCUUUCGAGAACUUGAGGAGCAUGGGUACCAAAGCGACAAGGUCCUGGGCGUCGGGCGCCGGGGGCGGAUUCCUGCGGGGCGUCGGGCACCGGGUGAGCUUCGACCCCGAGGCACCCCCGCCGCCACCCCAAACCAUGCAACAAACUAGCAACCUCCUCGACAAACCGAAGGAUGACUAUAAGGUCAAGAGACACAGCAUCCACGGGAUGAACGAGGAGGAGAACGUGGUGAGGCCGCACCAGGAAAUGGCCAGUUUGAGCUACCAUGAGAAGAAGUAUCUUCUCGCGGUGGAGCGCGGAGACGUGGCCUCCGUAAGAAGGAUGCUGCAGAGGGCUCAGGAAUCGAAGAUGAACAUCAACUGCGUGGAUCCGCUGGGACGGUCCGCUCUUCUCAUGGCGAUCGAUAACGAGAACCUGGAAAUGGUGGAGCUUUUGAUCGAGCACAAGGUCGACACCAAGGACGCGCUUCUGCAUGCCAUCUCCGAGGAAUUCGUCGAGGCGGUCGAGGUCCUCCUGGAGCACGAGGAGAGCCUCCACAGGAACGGGGAGCGUCACAGCUGGGAGGCGGUGCCGCCGGAUACAGCGACGUUCACACCAGACAUCACGCCUCUGAUUCUAUCCGCGCACAGGGACAAUUACGAGAUCAUUAAGAUCCUUUUGGAUCGUGGAUCCACGUUGCCCAUGCCUCACGAUGUUCGUUGCGGGUGCGACGAGUGCGUAACGUCUCGAAAGGACGAUUCCCUGAAGCAUUCCAGGAGCCGUAUAAACGCCUACAGGGCACUGGCUUCGCCGUCCUUGAUCGCUCUUUCCUCAAAGGAUCCUAUUCUGACUGCCUUUGAGCUCUCUUGGGAACUUCGAAGGCUCUCCUUUCUCGAGCACGAAUUCAAGUGCGAAUACCAGGAGCUUAGAAGACAGUGCCAGGACUUCGCCACUGCCUUGCUGGAUCACACCAGAAGUUCCAAAGAGCUGGAGAUCCUGCUGAAUCACGAUCCCACCGGGCCAGCUUUCGAGCACGGCGAGAGGAUGCAUCUGAAUCGGCUCAAACUGGCGAUCAAAUUCAGACAGAAGAAGUUCGUGGCCCAUCCUAACGUGCAACAGCUACUGGCAUCGAUCUGGUACGAGGGCCUCCCGGGUUUCCGGCGGAAAAACAUGGUCCUCCAAGCCCUGGAGAUCCUCCGGAUCGGCGUUUUCUUCCCAUUCUUCAGUGUCGGCUACAUAAUCGCGCCGCACAGCGUGGUCGGUCAAACCAUGAGGAAACCGUUCAUCAAGUUCAUCUGUCACUCGGCCUCCUACUUCACUUUCCUCUUCAUGUUGAUCUUGGCUAGUCAAAGAAUAGAAGGCUUGAUUGGCGAUUGGGUGGGUCACAACGUCCCGCAGCACGAGCCAGCGCCGACGAAAAGGGGCGCCGCGCCAACCAUCAUCGAGUGGUUCAUCCUGGCCUGGGUGUCCGGUUUGAUUUGGUCCGAGGUGAAGCAACUGUGGGACGUCGGUCUCGAGGAGUAUGUGAACGACAUGUGGAACGUGAUCGACUUCGUCACGAACUCUCUGUACGUCGCGACGGUCGCGUUGAGGGUGGUUGCGUACUACAGGGUGCAAAAGGAGAUGGAGAGCCAGGGACCCCAAAUCGUGUUCGAGCUGCAGCGCGAGCAAUGGGACACAUGGGACCCGAUGCUCAUCUCCGAGGGUCUCUUCUCCGCCGCCAAUAUAUUCAGCUCUUUGAAACUCGUCUACAUUUUCUCCGUGAAUCCUCACCUCGGCCCCCUGCAGGUCUCCCUGUCCAGAAUGGUUAUGGACAUUAUGAAAUUCUUCUUCCUCUACGUGUUGGUGCUGUUCGCAUUCUCUUGCGGCCUGAACCAGCUGCUUUGGUACUACGCCGUCAUGGAGAAGAAACGUUGCCCGACCGCGAUGUCUCAUUCCCCUAACGCCAACGUCACCACCGAUUCGAAUGCCUGCAUCGUUUGGCGGCGUUUCGCCAAUCUGUUCGAAACCGCGCAAACGCUCUUCUGGGCCGUGUUCGGACUGGUCGACCUCGAGAGCUUCGAGCUGGACGGCAUUAAAUCGUUCACCAGGUUCUGGGGAAUGCUCAUGUUCGGCACUUACUCGGUCAUCAACAUCGUCGUGCUAUUGAACCUUCUGAUCGCCAUGAUGAACCAUUCCUAUCAGUUGAUAUCCGAACGCGCGGACGUGGAAUGGAAGUUCGCCAGGAGCAAGCUGUGGAUCAGUUACUUCGAGGAGGGCGGAACGGUGCCACCGCCGUUCAACAUUAUCCCAACCCCGAAAAGUAUCUGGUACAUGGGCCAAUGGUUGUAUCGGAAGCUCUGCGGUCACAGCAGAGCCGCCAAGAAGGAACACAUGCGAACGAUCAGAAGAAAGGUGAAGCAAGCUUCCGAGAGGGACAUUCGGUACCAAAGCAUUAUGAGGAACCUGGUUAGGAGGUACGUGACGGUGGAGCAGAGGAAGGCGGAGAGCGAGGGUGUGACGGAGGACGACGUGAACGAGAUCAAGCAGGACAUCAGCGCGUUUCGGUGCGAGCUGAUCGAGAUCCUGAAGAACUCCGGGAUGAACACGUCGACGGCGAGCGGGGCCGGAACCGGUGCGGGGGGCAAGAAGAACCGUCAGAAGGAACGACGAUUGAUGAAGGGGUUCAACAUCGGACCGCAGCCGAGCGGAAGCGGAAGUCUGCCGCCGGUCGACGAGUUCAUAGCGUCCCUCCAAGAAGCACAGAACGAGAACUCCCACGACGUGUUCGGCUCGACUCUGAGCGGCAUAUUCGCGCCCGGGACCACCCCGAAACGAAGCUCCCACCACACGAGCACGAACAGCGUGCCCGGGCUGGGCACCAGGCGACAGGGACGCGGUACCAGGGGAUCCUCCAGCAAAAAACGAUGGGAGAACAUCAUCGAGGCGGCCAAGGCUGGCAGAGUCUCCAGGCUGAUCGGUAGAUCUCGUUCGGAGGAUUCCGUGUACUCGCCCACGUUCGAGGACGGCGGUUCAAGGUCGGAGGGUUCCACGGACUCAAAGUCCUCGCUGGAGACGCCCGGCCAUGAAGUCCAGCCCCACCAUUCCCAUCACUCGCAUCAUUCGCAUCAUCACGAGGCUCAUCACGUGUUCGCUCACGGCCUGGGCGCUUUGGCGGCGCUGCGGAAGAAACGGAAGAAAUUCUCGGCCUCCAGAUCGUCGACCCCGGCCACGAGGAGCACCAACGGCUCGAAUCCGUUGAAUCCGAUCGCGUCAGCGUUCAUCUCCAGGGUAUCGAGGAAGCAGCCGCUGCACAGAGCGAGCAGCGUACCCGCCAGGGGCCCGGAACUGGGCCAGCAGCCGAUCCCCCCCAGGAGGCACGAGGGCACGCAGAGUCAACAGCCCAGCAUCGACACUCCGGAAGGCGCGAGCAUGAACGAGCAACCUGCGGUGGUAACGGCCGUUCCACUGACGCCGUCUACGACCGAGGAGAGCAUGAUCGCCAGCGGGUCUAUCUCGGUGACCAUGAAGAGAAACGGCUCGGCGACGCAGCUGCAGCGUCUGCAGGGCAUCGAGCUGAUAUCGGGCCACGACGUGUCGGGCGGAUGGCUCUGAGACGACCCCUCGGUCGCCAGGGUGCGACGCGUCAGCUAGCAAAGUGGACGAACAUUGGAGAGUUUCGUUUCGUUUCCGUCAGCCGCGAUGGCUGGGACGACGACAUCGAUCGCGUCGUCGUCGUCGGCAUACGCACAAUGAUGCCUUUCUCGCGACGACACCGAGACUUAAACAGACACUGUAUCGCCUAAAGUAUAAGUGAAUCUCGCGAACAACGCCCCCCCGUUCGUCGACCCAUCGGUCAGCCCUCCUCCCUUCGAUCGAGAGUCCCCGGGACUUUGGUAAUCGCGCGAACAACCCGGAACUCGCGAGAUUUUUAGGCAUUCGUGACACACCGUCGUUCAGUAUUUACCAUUGAUGCUUCCGGGUACGGGUCGUAUCCUUGCGGAGAAUUUGUACCAGUGCGUUUUUUGACCUCUGAUGGAACAAUUCCCCCGUAAGGAAAAAGAUUUCCUAGACUUUUCGCGAGAGAACGUCGUUCAUCGGGCGAUUUUGUACCGCGAAGGGAAACCAUUUCGUCCGUCUCCGUGUCACCCUGAAACGCCGUACUGCUACUAUUACAACUACUGCCAGAACGGAAGGGGCGAAUGGGUCGACGGUAACUAGCCUAGUCAGCACACUAGUCAGACGAUCUCGUACGAAAGAGAGAAACGACGUUUACAGUCGAGGAGACGAUCAACUGGCCGCUCAAGAUCCACGUCCCACCUUGUGAAUCCUGAUCCAAUCGCCACUGGAGACCCACUCUGUAUUUGCGGGUUGCAAAAUCUCCGGUGGGCCCCAAACAACAAAAAUAUCCUUAUAGAUUUUACAUCGAGAGCGACAGAACAGCGGGGAUGUACUCCGCCUCGAAAGCUUGAACGACCAGUUGAUUUUGAUCGGACCAGAGUCAUAGUGGCGCGUUAAAUUCUAAGGACAAUGAUUAUUACUAAUGGAAGAAUCGUGGAGUAUUGUUAUAAUCGUUUUAGCGGAAUCACGUUCGCGUCGAAUUUAUCGGAAUAGCUUCAGGAAGCUGGUCUACUGAAGUCCGGCGCUUUUCUAUCGUCCCCCGAAUCCAACUGGGGGGUUUCUUACUUUUUUAUUUUGACUGUUCAACGAAAUCUAGUCAGACGCCUAACGAAACGUUUUAUGCUCGUUAACGGAACCAAUUUCGUUUUUAGUGCCGCGUUGGGGCCUCGAUUAUCCGAACUCUUUUUCGAACACGUCUCGGUGACAGGAUUUACCACGAUUCGUUCGAACAACCGAGGUUCCAUCGUGUUUAUCGAAUGGAAGGGAAAGAUAGGGAGUUCUCGCACUUGAAAAUUAGGGCAAUAGUCCUGCCGGUCGAUAGUCGUUUCCAAACGGGAAUCGCCAAUGGCGGGUAGCGCGCAAGGAGGAUUGCCUUGGACUUUCAAGAAACUUCUACACGGUGGAGCUUCCGAAAAAAAAAAAACUUCUUUAUCGCGUGUUUCAACGGACUUCGUUCGUCGCGUUCAUGGAGAUUUUUCCCUUAGUCGUUCACGUAGCGGGGAAGACGAGGUAAAAGUGUCACGACCAAAGAAGGGGCCGUAGCGUAGUCGAGUAGAGGCCUAACAGAGACGAAGAUCCGUACUACUUCCUAGAUAUUACGUGUACGUAUGAUAAUAAUAAAUACUAUUAAUGUUAACGUGCUGUCAGGAACCGCGAGGCAAGUCGUUCUUCGCGAACCUGAAAGACCAUACGUCUAGUAACUAUACCGCCUACGUGUAUUAUUUAUGAGAUUAUUAUUGUAAAUGUAAAGAUAGAUGUCCACUUGGCAAACAAAGUUGUAGUGAAUGUUAUAUUGUGAGCGGUUAUUGUUGUAAAAAAAAACGAUAAAAAAUGGGAGAAUCAGACGAAGAGGGAAAGGAUGAACGAACAAAAAAAAAAAAAAAAAUGGAGAAACGACUCAACAAAACGCAAAAACGGAACCAACUGUUUUAUUAAUAACAAAGUAAUCGAACAAAAAAUAGAU